AUGGACGGCGAAAAUCACCCAUCUGAGAAGAUGGUCAACAGCGCACAAUCAACCGGGAUGGUAACCCAGACAAACUCCGGGCAGCAUCAGCAGCUCCACGGGGAAAAGCCUUUGGGGGGCGUUCGUCAGUUCUCGGACGUCCAAGUGCAGCACUUCACCGGGCAGUCCGAAACCAUUUUCCCCAAUGGAGACUUACACGUAAUUCUCCUCGACUCUCGGAACACAAUGCUCGCCGGCUUCCGCGUAUUUUCCCAGAUCUGCCGGGCUUCGGGACUAUUUGCAAAGUUGAUCGAUACAGAGUUGAGCGGACAGGAUGGCUGCAAGUUCAUCUUCGUCCGUCUCUUACCUGUACCUGGAUCAUGGAGACUCGACGGGCAAGCCCUCCGCUGCAUACUCUCGGUCUUGCACCACACCAAAAAAGAUGAGUACAUGAAACUCGACAUCGGCAUCUGGUACCCAAAAGCCCUCCAGAGCAUUAUCGAUGGCGAGCAGCCAUCUGUUGUAGAGCUUGGAAUGCUUUUGAAGUCAGCGGAUAACUUUGAGGCCAAAGACGAACUCGUCAAGCUGAGGCAGUUUGCUAUGCACAAUCUUCCGAUGCAUUUCCGAGAAAUCUGGGCAAGAAUCCCGCCGCUCUUAACUCUAGCAGAUUGCAAAUCUCUCGAUGGACUCCAGUUUGAUGUCAACGAACGACUGGUACGAGCUUGCUCGCGUAUUUGGUCUUUCGAGGGCCUCCUGGACACCCAGAGCGAAGGAUACAUCACCACCAGACGGCUCUGUCUCAGCUAUGGGCGGCGACACCCGUCCAACGCCAAAUUAUGCCACCUUUGUCUCAAUGCAACACUGUACGAUGAUGUCUGUACCAAAAAUUCUCGAGUCGGCGAGUACUUCAGGAUCCUCGCGCUCCAGACAUUGUGGCCCACCACGAUUUGGACCUCGGACGAUGCCACUCUCUCGACAAUUUCUCAGCGCGUCAACAAUUUGGCAAGCCGCAUCCCGCAUACAUGUAGCGGCGGUUCCAAAUGCCCCCUGAUUGUCCACAUCAGCGCUCUACAAGAGCAACACUUCGGUACACCUGGGGAGCACGACAAUGUGACCAUGACCGAAAUCAGGAAAACCAGCAUGGUGGAAGGUGGCGGUGCUAUCGCGGAGGCGGUGGUCGAGGAUAUUGACAAGGACUAG